GACGAGCUGGCCGCGAGCCAGGUAGCUCCACCAGCCAGUGCCUGCCUGCCCGCUUUAGUGAACGCAUCCGCGGAAAGCUGUCAAAAACUGGAUUAUUUCAACCGUCGACAGCUAAAUCUCACCCUCGACCCGGUGAGGAGACCACCACCACCGUCAUGUUUUUUCCAAAGGUCCGGAGAAUGCCGAGUAUUUGAUCUGAGCGGUACAACAGCCGAGGUGCUUCCUAGUUUGUGCCAAACAUGUCGGAUAAGAUGUCCAGCUUCUUACACAUCGGGGACAUCUGCUCCUUGUAUGCAGAGGGGUCCACCAGUGGCUUCAUCAACACUUUAGGCUUGGUGGAUGAUCGUUGUGUUGUCCAGCCUGAUGCUGGAGACCUCAACACCCCUCCAAAGAAGUUCAGAGACUGUCUGUUUAAACUUUGCCCCAUGAACCGCUACUCAGCCCAGAAGCAGUUCUGGAAAGCAGCGAAGCCUGGAGGAAACACAGAUACAGUUCUCCUCAACAAACUCCAUCAUGCAGCUGAUCUGGAGAAGAAGCAAAACGACUCUGAAAACAAAAAGCUGCUGGGAACUGUUAUACAGUAUGGGAACGUCAUCCAGCUCCUCCACCUGAAGAGCAACAAAUACCUGACGGUGAACAAACGACUGCCUGCGCUGUUGGAGAAGAACGCCAUGAGGGUGAUGUUGGACGUUGCUGGAAACGAAGGCUCCUGGUUUUACAUACAGCCCUUCUACAAACUUCGCUCUAUUGGGGACAAUGUGGUGAUCGGAGACAAGGUGGUCCUGAAUCCAGUGAACGCUGGUCAGCCUCUCCACGCCAGCUCACACCAGCUUGUGGAUAACCCAGGAUGCAAUGAGGUGAACUCUGUCAACUGCAACACCAGCUGGAAGAUCGUCUUGUUCAUGAAGUGGAGCGACAACCAGGAGUUUGUCCUAAAAGGAGGUGAUGUUGUGCGGUUAUUUCACGCAGAGCAGGAAAAGUUCCUCACGUGUGACGAUCACCGAAAAAAACAGUAUGUGUUUCUUCGCACCACCGGGCGGCAAUCUGCCACCUCAGCAACCAGCAGCAAAGCAUUGUGGGAGAUAGAGGUCGUUCAGCACGAUCCGUGCAGAGGUGGUGCCGGGUACUGGAACAGCUUGUUCAGGUUCAAACACCUGGCCACUGGACACUACCUGGCUGCAGAGGUGAACCCAGAGUUUGAAGAGGAGUGCCUUGAUCCUCGUCGUUCUCUUGACUCGGAUCAUGAAGCCUUGCGAGCCCGCUUGAAGAACACCCAAGAUAAAGUCAUGUACACACUAGUGUCGGUCCCUGAUGGGAACGACAUCUCUUCGAUAUUUGAACUUGACCCUACCACCUUAAGAGGCGGGGACUCUCUUGUGCCCAGAAACUCCUAUGUUCGCCUCAGACAUUUGUGCACGAAUACGUGGGUGCACAGCACCAACCAGCCAAUAGAUAAGGAGGAAGAGAAGCCCGUCAUGCUGCGUAUCGGCACAUCUGCUCUCAAAGAAGACAAAGAGGCGUUUGCCAUCGUGCCCGUCUCGCCAGCUGAAGUCAGAGACCUUGAUUUUGCAAACGAUGCCAGUAAAGUUCUGGCGUCCAUCGCUGGAAAGCUGGAGAAAGGAACCAUCACGCAGAAUGAGAGGAGGGCCGUUACCAAACUUCUAGAGGAUUUGGUGUUCUUCGUGGUGGACAUUCCUAACAAUGGACAAGAUGUUCUGGAGAUCAUGGUGAACAAACCCAACAGGGAGAGACAGAAACUCAUGAGAGAACAGAAUAUUCUCAAACAGAUCUUUAAGCUGCUGCAGGCCCCGUUCACAGACUGUGGAGACGGACCCAUGCUGCGACUGGAGGAGCUGGCUGACCAGCGCCACGCCCCCUUCAGACACAUCUGCCGGCUGUGUUACCGAGUUUUACGUCACUCUCAGCAGGAUUACCGCAAGAACCAGGAGUAUAUCGCCAAGCAGUUUCGCUUCAUGCAGAAACAGAUCGGCUAUGAUGUUCUGGCCGAAGACACGAUCACGGCUCUCCUUCACAACAACCGGAAGCUGCUGGAGAAACACAUCACAGCUGCAGAGAUCGACACGUUUGUGAACCUGGUCCGCAAGAACCGCGAGCCGAGAUUCUUGGACUACCUGUCAGACUUGUGUGUGUCGACGAAUAAGUCCAUCCCUGUGACACAAGAGCUCAUCUGUACUGCAGUUCUGGAUCCAGCAAACGCCGACAUCCUCAUAGAAACAAAACUGGUGCUAUCCAGGUUUGAGAUCGAGGGAGUGCAGCCUGGAGAGAACUCUGUGGAGUCUGAGGAGGAUGAGGAGGAGGUGUGGUUGUUCUGGAAGGACAGCAAUAAGGAGAUCCGCAGUAAAAGCGUCAGGGAGAUGGCUCAGGAUGCCAAGGAGGGCCAGAAGGAGGACAAGGAAGUGAUCAGUUACUACAGGUACCAGUUAAACCUGUUUGCCAGGAUGUGUUUGGACCGUCAGUAUCUGGCAAUCAACAAGAUCUCUGGCCAACUGGAUGUCGACCUGAUUUUGAGAUGCAUGUCUGACGAGGACCUGCCCUACGACCUGCGAGCCUCGUUCUGCAGGUUGAUGCUCCACAUGCACGUGGACCGAGACCCUCAGGAGCAGGUCACACCGGUCAAAUACGCCCGGCUGUGGUCCGAGAUCCCCUCUGAAAUCGCCAUUAAAGACUAUGACAACGACGGGAUGUCUAAAGAUGAAAUUAAGGAGCGAUUCUUUCAGACUAUGGAGUUUGUAGAAACCUACCUCAGAGACGUGGUGUGUCAGAACAUCCCUUUUGCAAACAAAGAAAAGAACAAACUCACCUUUGAGGUGGUGAACCUGGCUAGGAACCUGAUCUAUUUUGGCUUCUACAACUUUAUUGAUCUGCUCAGACUCACCAAGUUCCUGCUGAAUAUUCUGGAUUGUGUCCAUGUGAACACCAUUUUCCCUUUCACCAACGUGGGAGAGGGAGGAGUUUCUGGCAGUACUGUGAUGAGGUCCAUUCAUGGCGUUGGAGAGCUGAUGUCCCAAGUGGUCCUGAGCGGUUUUCUUCCCACACCUUCAAUCCCACGUCCAGACGGAGACGCAGCGAACACACAGGUUGAACCGGAGAAGGAGGACAUUCUGGUCAUGGACACCAAACUUAAGAUAAUUGAGAUCUUGCAGUUUAUCCUGAAUGUCCGCCUGGACUACCGGAUCUCCUGUCUGCUCUCCAUCUUCAAGAGAGAGUUUGAUGAGAGUAACCCGCAGAAUGAGAUGCCUUUAUCUGGAGCAGGAGAGAACUCGUAUAACAUGCCUGGGGCUUUGGAUUUCGAACACAUAGAGGAGCAGGCAGAGGGGAUCUUUGGUGGAAGCGAAGAGAACACCCCGCUGGACCUGGACGAUCAAGGAGGACGGACCUUUUUAAGGGUCCUACUCCACUUAACCAUGCACGACUAUCCUCCUCUGGUGUCCCGAGCUCUGCAGCUGCUGUUCAGGCAUUUCAGCCAGAGACAGGAGGUCCUUCAGUCGUUUAAGCAGGUGCAGCUGCUGGUCACCAGCCACGAUGUGGAAAAUUACAAACAGAUAAAGUCGGACUUGGACCAACUGCGUUCUAUCGUGGAGAAGUCUGAGCUCUGGGUUUAUAAGAGGCAGGGCCCAGAUGAGGGCAUGGACGCAGCGGAGAUGCUCGCUGCUGAUACGGACCAUAAGAAGGAGGACUCGGGGAACAAACCAAAGAAGGCAGAAAGCACAAGCAGUUACAACUACAGAGUCCUAAAGGAGAUCCUGCUGCGUCUCAGCAAGUUGUGUGUCCAAGAAGGUGUCUCUGGCAGGAAGAACAAGAAGCAGCAGCAGAGGCUGCUGAGGAACAUGGGAGCCCACACUGUGGUUCUUGAGCUGCUGCAGAUCCCCUAUGAAAAGGGAGAAGAUCUGCGCAUGCAGGAUAUUAUGAAGCUAGCUCAUCAGUUUCUGCAGAACUUCUGUGCAGGAAACCUACAGAACCAAGCGCUCCUCCAUAAACACGUGAACCUUUUCCUGAACCCAGGGAUCUUGGAAGCCAUCACCAUGCAGCACAUCUUCACAAACAACUACCAGCUGUGCUGUGAGAUCAACGAGCGUGUGGUCCAGCACUUUGUCCACUGCAUCGAAACGCACGGCCGCAACGUGCAGUACCUCAAGUUCCUGCAGAUUGUUGUCAAAGCAGAGAACAAGUUCAUUAAAAAGUGUCAGGACAUCAUUAUGGCAGAGCUGGUAAACGCAGGAGAAGAUGUUCUGGUCUUCUACAAUGACCGCGCUUCUUUCCAGACUCUGGUCCAGAUGAUGCGAUCGGAGAGGGAUCGAAUGGAUGAGAACAGUCCGCUGAAGUACCACAUUCACCUGGUGGAGCUGCUGGCCGUCUGCACCGAGGGUAAGAACGUCUACACGGAGAUAAAGUGCAACUCCCUUCUACCGCUUGAUGACAUUGUGCGGAUCGUCACCCAUGAAGACUGCAUCCCUGAGGUGAAGAUCGCCUACAUCAACUUUCUCAACCACUGCUACGUGGACACGGAGGUCGAAAUGAAAGAGAUCUACACCUCCAACCACAUGUGGAAACUCUUUGAUAAUUUCCUGGUUGACAUGUGCAGAGUGUGCAACAACACAAGCGAUCGGAAGCACGCAGACACCAUUCUGGAGAAUUAUGUGACGGCGACGAUUAUGGGCAUCAUUACCACCUUCUUCAGCUCUCCUUUCUCUGAUCAGAGCACGAGCCUGCAGACCAGGCAGCCAGUCUUUGUGCAGCUGCUGCAGGCGGUGCUGAGGGUCUAUCACUGCAGCUGGUUGAUGACGGUACAGAAGGGUUAUGUUGAGAACUGCAUCAAAGUGCUUUCAAAUGUUGCCAAAAGCAGAUCGAUAGCCAUCCCAGUGGACCUGGACAAUCAGGUGAACAACCUGUUUGUGAAAUCCAAUAGCCUUGUGCACAAAACAGCCAUGAGUUGGAGAAUGUCUGUUCGCAACCCUAGCCGCAGGGAUUCUGUGGUGACUGCAUCAAAGGACUGCAGGAACAUCAUCGAGAGGCUACAGGACAUCGUGGCAGCUCUGGAGGACCGUCAGUCUCCUCUGGUCCAAGCAGAGCUGUCGGUCCUGGUGGACGUGCUGCAUCGACCUGAGUUGCUCUUCCCCGAAAACACAGACUCACGCAAGAAGUGUGAGAGUGGAGGUUUUAUAUGCAAGCUGAUCAAGCAUACCAAGCAGCUGGUGGAAGAAAAUGAGGAGAAAUUGUGCAUCAAGGUUCUGCAGACGCUUCGGGAGAUGAUGACAAAAGACAGAGGUUAUGGAGAGAAGAAGCUGGAACAGAGCCCACCUGACAAGCUGGUGACGGACCAGAAGAGGGGCGAGGUGCUGAGGCAGAUUCUGCUGAAUCGUUACUAUGGCAACUUCCAUCGGAGUGGUGGGCGGAGGGAGAGCCUGACGUCAUUUGGCAACAGCCCCCUCAGUCCUGUAGGAUCGGGCAGGAACCAAUCAGGUUUAGGGGGUCCAGGUUGCCUGAGUCGAGGUCAGAUGACACUUGCAGAGGUACAGUGUCAUCUAGACAAAGAAGGAGCUUCUGAUCUAGUUAUCGACCUAAUCAUGAAUACCACAAGUGACCGUGUGUUUGAAGAAAGCAUCCUGUUGGCCAUAGCAUUGCUGGAAGGAGGAAACACCACAAUCCAGCAUUCAUUCUACAGCCGUUUGACUGAUGACAAGAACUCAGAAAAGUUCUUCCGGGUCUUUUAUGACCGUAUGAAGUCAGCCCAGCAGGAGAUCAAAGCCACAGUGACGGUAAACACCAGUGACCUGGGAAACAGGAAGAAACAGGUUGACUCCUUGGACAAAGUAGUCCCCACUCACAAGAAAGCAAGAACCUCCAUUAUAACCAUGACCGAGGAUGUAAAAGAGCAGCUGUCAGAGGCCGCGUCUGCCACAAAGAAGGCCUUUAACUCUUAUCGGCGUGAAGCUGACCCAGAGGACCACUUUCCCUUAGCAGAUGGCCAACUGAGCACCAAGGACAUGAGCUUGGAUGAUGAGCAGAUGAGUUUUGUGAUUUCUAUCAUGCAGCCAAUUCUUCGCUUCCUCCAGCUACUUUGUGAGAAUCACAACCGUGACUUACAGAACUUUCUGCGUUGUCAGAAUAAAAAGAACAACUAUAAUCUAGUGUGUGAGACCCUGCAGUUCUUAGACUGCAUCUGUGGUAGCACCACAGGAGGUCUCGGCCUGCUGGGGCUCUACAUCAACGAGAAGAACGUUGCCUUGGUUAACCAAACUCUGGAGAGUUUAACAGAGUAUUGCCAAGGCCCCUGCCAUGAAAACCAGAAUUGUAUAGCCACUCAUGAGUCCAAUGGCAUUGAUAUCAUCAUAGCUUUGAUACUUAAUGACAUCAAUCCACUUGGAAAGAAGCGGAUGGAUCUGGUUCUAGAGCUGAAAAACAACGCCUCCAAGCUGCUGCUCGCCAUCAUGGAGAGCCGCCAUGACAGUGAGAAUGCCGAGAGGAUCCUGUACAACAUGAAGCCCAAAGAGCUGGUGGAGGUAAUCAAGAAGGCCUAUCUUCAGGGUGAGGUAGAGUUUGAGGACACGAGGGAUGAAGAGGACAACGGAGACGAAAAGGAACAUGAUCCUGCCUCACCCCAAAAUGUUGGACACAACAUCUACAUUUUAGCUCACCAGCUGGCACGCCAUAAUAAAGAGCUCUCCGUGAUGCUGAGGCCAGGAGGGGCCAACGGAGAGGGAGACGAGGCCUUGGAGUUCUAUGCCAAUCACACGGCUCAGAUAGAGAUUGUGCGUUUGGACCGCACCAUGGAGGAGAUAGUGUUUCCUGUUCCCAGCAUUUGUGAGUUCCUUACUUCAGAGUCACAGCUGCGGGUCUACUACACCACAGAGAGAGACGAGCAGGGAAGCAAGAUCAAUGACUUCUUCUUGAGAUCUGAGGACCUCUUUAAUGAGAUGAACUGGCAGAAGAAGCUCAGAGCCCAGCCUGUGCUGUACUGGUGCUCCAGAAACAUGUCGGUAUGGAGCAACGUCUCCUUUAAACUGGCUUUGCUCAUGAAUCUGCUGGUCUGCUUCUUCUACCCCCUGGAAGGGGUGAACGGAGGAAAAUUGGAUCCCCACCUUUCUGUUCUGUUGUGGAUGGGAGUCUUUGCAACGCUGGUCAUCGUUGUACUCAUGCCCCAGCCGUUGGGCGUCCAGGCCCUGGUCAUUGUCUCGAUUCUCCGCCUCAUCUUCUCUGUGGGCCUGGAGCCCACACUCCUCCUUCUGGGUCUUUUCAAUGUUUGCAAUAAAAUAAUCUUCCUGAUAAGUUUUGUGGGAAACCGGGGGACCUUCACACGAGGAUAUAAAGCCAUGGUGAUGGAUUUUGAGUUCCUCUAUCAUCUCAUCUACCUCAUUAUCUGCUGUCUGGGGGUGUUUGGCCACGUGUUUUUCUACAGUCUGUUGCUAUUCGACCUGGUGUACCGAGAGGAGACGCUGCUCAACGUAAUCAAGAGCGUGACCCGUAACGGACGCUCCAUCCUGCUGACGGCCGUCCUGGCUCUCAUUUUGGUUUACCUGUUCUCCAUCGUCGGCUACAUUUUCUUCAAAGACGACUUCAUCCUAGAGGUGGACCGUAUACCGAACACAACACAGAAAAGUGAAGCCACCGUGGCCGGAGAGUUCCUGACUUCAGGAGCGUGUCACGAAAACAACUGCAGCACCAGCGUUCUGCAGGAAGAGUCUGGUGAUGAAGAGGAGGAGGACAACAUGGAGCGGACGUGUGACUCCCUCCUGAUGUGUAUUGUUACGGUGCUGAGUCAUGGUCUGAGGAGUGGGGGGGGUGUAGGGGACGUCCUACGCAAGCCCUCUAAGGAGGAGCCGCUGUUUGCAGCCAGGGUGAUUUACGACCUGCUCUUCUUCUUCAUGGUCAUUAUUAUUGUUCUCAACCUUAUUUUUGGUGUGAUCAUCGACACGUUUGCUGACCUGAGAAGUGAGAAGCAAAAGAAAGAAGAAAUUCUGAAAACAUCAUGCUUCAUCUGUGGUCUGGAGCGGGACAAAUUCGACAAUAAGACGGUGACCUUUGAAGAGCAUAUCAAAGAGGAGCAUAACAUGUGGCACUACCUGUACUUCAUAGUUCUGGUGAAGGUUAAAGACUCUACAGAAUACACGGGUCCUGAGAGCUACGUAGCUGAGAUGAUCAAGGAGCACAACCUGGACUGGUUUCCGAGAAUGCGAGCCAUGUCGCUGGUGAGCAGCGACGCAGAGGGCGAACAGAAUGAAAUCAGGAGCCUUCAGGAGAAGCUGGAGUCAACCAUGAGACUGGUGGUCAACCUGUCUGGACAGCUGACCGAGCUGAAGGAGCAGAUGACUGAGCAGAGGAAGCAGAAACAACGAAUCGGACUUCUGGGUCCUCCCCCACACUUGAACAUUAAUCCCCAGCAGCCAGCCUGAGGUCCUUUUAGGCCACCUUCACAAGUGCCUGAGCAUUUCCUGAUGGUGCCCCAAAAUAUACCAAAAAGUGUCCACGUGUCCAUGGGUCGCCGUCUGAUGUGACUGUUCUCCAGAUAUGGCUGGAAUCUUCAUCAGCACGAGGGGUUAGUUGUCAUGCUUUGUGGUGCGUGUGGAUGAAGUAUGCACAAAGUGCCUUGGGACUUCACAAGUCGGUCCUGUAAGUCGAGACGAGCACAGGGGUCCAAGCUAGUCCCUAAACCACUGCCUUCGGAUCAGACUCCUCUUAAAGCCAAAGUUUAGUCUCGAGUUUUUCCAGCAAGUGUCCUUUUGAUGAGGAUUUCAUCUUCAACGUUUCACCAGCAACACAUUAUUUAUACUUCUGUUUUCAUCCUAAGGAAUAGGAAUAAUAUGCAAUAUCUAAAGGAGAAGUGUUGUAUUUAAAAUAGACACAACAAGUUUCCCAGUAAAUCAUUAUUGUGACUUAUUCAUGUAAUUAAACCCAUAACAGAGUCUUUCCUCGAGUCUUUGUUUUCCCUUUGAGAAGGACCGACUAUCUCAAGCUCAGGUCCUGCUUGGUCUCCCAGAGCUGAGAUAAAAAGUAGGAGAAAUUUUAAACUACAUGGAAGCGUUUUGUAAAGAUAAAUAACCCUGACCUCUGAGAACGGUUUAGGAGGGUCAAAGACAACCGUAUUAUUGCUUUAUAAAUUUUAAGUUAAUUCAUGUUUUUAGAUUAUUAUAUAGUUGUAUUUGAACCACAUGUCCAGAAUUGCAGUGUGAUGCAGACUUUAUUAUUCCACUUCCAGAAGUCUACACUGAGUUAUGUUCACUUUUUAACUUGAUUUAGUCCUGUGCACUGAUUCUCUGUAGCACUAAGUAUGUUUUUGUUGUUCACUUUGUAAAACAUCACUGAGAAAAUGAGUUUUGAAUGUAUAUGAGGAUAAAAAUGCAACCUUAGAUGUCACUUGGUGUGCUGCUUGACCAAACGAAACUUUUCUACUAUCCGAGGGUUUGUGUCUGGAUUGUACAUUCCAUGUUUGGAGUUUAUUUGAAUAAAUAAGUGUGUAAAAUGUU